AUGGCCUGGGGCAAGAACCGUCGCUCUUCUGCUGCAUCCGGCGGCCCCCGUCCGUCGUCUUCCGGAGGUCGAGGCGGUCGUCGGCCACCUGGAGAACCCACGGAGCAGGACAUUGCGCGCCGUAUCCAGCAGAGCGCUGUACGCGUUCGCGUGACGCUCCAACUGGCUGAUGUCCAGGACGAAACGAAGGCGCUGCGAGACGUUCUGACGGCGUUCGAGCAACAGUUCGAAGCCAGACGAGGCGUCGGAGUCACACAGAGCCACCACGUGCGUGUGGAGCUGCUGGAAUGCGGCCUGAACUCGUGGCAGAACCUGCAACAGCUGACGGCCAAGACGAUACUGCGUCAUGACUCCAAAUACGACGAGUGGAUGCUGAGUUUGGGCUUCACUAGAGCGUCUGAGGACGAGCUGUGGAGGUUCGCGAGCAGUCUGAUGCUGAGACUCAAGAGUAGUGGAGUGCUAUCCAAAGUGCUACUGUCGACAAACAGAAUGAUGGUCCGAUUAGCGUCUGCAUUUGUGAAGUGUGGGAACUCCGAUAUAGAUAAUUACCAUUGGGAAGGGAAGCAGGUAUGGAGUCAGCUUGUCGUUGACGUGUCGGGGGAGGAGAGAGAGCAGAUCCAACGAGUGUUUUUGCCUCCAAUAAGGGACCCUGUUGUGGUUAUCCUUCGUGGGAUUCCGGGCAGUGGCAAGAGUACGCUGGGACGUGAGAUGGAGGCAAUUUGUCGCCACAGAGGGGCUGCGUUCACUGCAUGUUCGGCUGACAUUUUCUUCGAGACCCCUCGAGGCUACGUGUUUGAUGUCCGGAAGUUGGGUGCAGCACACAGCAAGUGCAAAGGAGAGUUCACUAGAGCUGUCCAAGGAGGAAUCCCUCGAGAUCACGACGGAUAUCGGUAUCGUCAACAUGUUGUUCUGGUGGAUAACACCAGCACUCAGAGAUGGGAAUACGAACCGUACGAGGAUAUCGCCAGGUCUUAUGGAAGUCGUGUUCAUAUCGUGGAAAUGAAAUGCGUCGACGCUUUGAUGGCCUUUCGAAUGGGUCAACGCAACUCGCACGGCGUCCCUCCCGAUAAAGUUGUCAGUAUGUUCAUGCGGUGGGAGGAAGAUCGACGCGCCCACUGCUUCACACCGCAGUUUGAGCACGCGAGAGUCACUGGAAACCCGCUGUCGGAUGCACAGGUCGGUGGCUUGACGUAUCUGGGUCUCUUCUUGGACGAUGAUGCCCAGCAGAAGAUGCUGUCGCAGGCUCCUCUAGCGCAUUCAACCAAACUGGCCGACCACGUCACGUUGUUCUACCGACCUAACACGCAGUACGCCAGACUUGCCGAGCUUGGUGCUCCGUUCGUAGUCCGUGCCGUUGAAGUUGUACAGGACGAUCAAGCGCAGACGCUUCGUGUGGAGAUAGAUGAGCGAUUGCCGUUGCAAGCGAGAAACAAAAUACCGCACAUCACGCUGUCGACGAGAGACGGAGUGAGUGCUGCGUGA